AUGUCUUCUGCCAAUGACUCCCAGCUCCAUCCUCCCUUCUUUAUCCUGCUCGGAAUACCUGGAUUGGAAAAUGUGCACAUCUGGAUUGCUCUCCCCUUCUGUAUCGUGUACCUGAUUGCCCUUGUGGGCAACAUCACCAUUCUCUUUGUGAUCAAGACUGAACACAGUCUCCACCAGCCCAUGUUCUACUUCCUGGCCCUGCUGUCUCUGAUUGACCUGGGACUGUCCACCUCCACCAUCCCUAAAAUGCUGGGGAUCUUCUGGUUCAACCUCCGAGAGAUCAACUUUGGGGCUUGCCUUGUUCAGAUGUUUUUUAUCCACAUGUUCACAGGCAUGGAGACUGUUCUGCUGGUGGCCAUGGCUUACGACCGUUUUGUUGCCAUCUGCAAACCUCUCCAGUACACCAUGAUCCUCACCAAUAAAACCAUCAGCAUCUUAGUCUCUGUUGUUGUUGGGAGAAAUUUACUUCUCGUGACUCCUUUUGUGUUUCUCAUUCUGAGGCUGCCCUUCUGUGGACAUUACGUCAUCCCUCACACAUACUGUGAGCACAUGGGCAUUGCCCGGCUCGCCUGUGCUCCCAUCAGAAUCAACAUCAUCUAUGGGCUCAUGGUGAUUUCCAACAUUGUUGUGGAUGUGAUUCUGAUAGCCUGUUCUUACGUGCUUAUCCUACAAGCUGUUUUCCACCUCCCUUCUCAAGAGGCUCGCCUCAAGGCGCUGAACACCUGCGGGUCUCACAUCUGUGUCAUGCUGUGCUUUUACACGCCGGCAUUUUUCUCUUUCAUGACACAUCGCUUUGGUCACAACAUCCCCCAUUACAUCCACAUUCUCUUGGCAAAUCUAUAUGUGGUUGUCCCACCUGCCCUUAACCCAGUCAUCUAUGGAGUCAGGACCAAGCAGAUCCGUGAGCAGGUUGUAAAGAUAUUUGUGAAGAAAGAAUAG